UUUAAAUACAAUACACCAUAUUAUACAAUAUAACCACAUGUCCAGAGCUUUUAAUAUAUUCGGGUCAACAAUUUCAUGCUCUCUUGUUAAAUAAUAUUGCAACACAUUUAGCUGCAAUAAAAUAUAUGAUUUGGUGUAUUGUUCUUCUCCAUCAACAUUUAUAUACCCCUCCCAAAUUUUUGCCAUUAAUAUCAUUGUUAAAAGGGAUAUGGAGAAACUUGUUUCAAAUUGGUCAAAUAUUCAAUCUGUGCCUGAGAACUACAUAUUCCCACCAGAAACAAGACCUGGAGAGGAUCUUAAAGUCCCAUUCAGCCACAGCAUCCCAAUAAUUGAUCUCAAUGAUAGAACAAAUACAACUCAGCAAAUUAUCAAGGCUGCUCGGGAGUUUGGCUUCUUUCAGGUUAUCAAUCAUGGAAUCCCGCUGAAUGAAAUGAAGGAAACAAUGAGUGUUUUCAAACAAGUGUUUCAAAUGCCGGAUGAGUACAAGCAUAGUUCGUAUCUUGAUGACGAUUUGAAGACGUGUAAGAUAUUCACUAGCAGUCUUAGAUAUGAAACAGAAAAGGUUCAUCUAUGGAGGGACAGCCUUAGACACCCAUCUCAUCCUUUGGAGCAAUGGCAACACUUAUGGCCUCAAAAUCCAAUAACAUACAGAGAGUGUGUUGGGAAUUUUUCGGUUAAAAUUAAGGAUUUGGGAUCGAGGAUCUUGGAUUUGAUUAGCGAAGGACUUGAUCUCAAGUGUGGAUAUUUUGACAACGAUCUUACCGGAUCAAUGAUUAUCUCUGUUAAUCAUUAUCCACCAUGUCCUAAGCCGAGUUUAACACUUGGUUUACCCAAACAUAAAGAUCCUUACCUCAUCACCAUUUUAAUGCAAGAUGGUGUAAGUGGCCUUCAAGUAUUAAAAGAUGCAACGUGGGUCGCUGUUGAGCCUCUUCCUCAUGCAUUUGUCAUCAACAUAGGUCAUCUGUUAGAGAUAAUCAGUAAAGGUAAGCUAAUAAGUGCUGAGCAUCGAGCUGUGACCAAUUCAAGUCAUACUCGCACAAGUGCUGCUUUUUUCAUAGCUCCAUCAGAUGAUUGUCUCAUUGAGCCCGCACAAGAUAUCAGUGAUGAGAAUGAUCAUCCCAUUUUAAAGUCUUUUAAAUACAAGGAGUUCCUCAAGGAGUUCUUUAAUGCACAUGGUGACACAGACCUGCUCCUAAAAUCACUUGAGGCGCCAAAGAAUUAAAUGAAAUAUUGUAGAAGGAAAUUAUACAAUAUAGUAUGUUAGGGAGGAGUUGCCACUAAUUGUGGUGUGUGUGUGAAGAGGAGGAUGAGUCCAAAGAUGUUUCAUAUGAAUCUGAAAUGCUUUUGAAUAUCAUGUUUUUCAUAGAAUCUUUUAAAUUUCGUAUCAGUGUACUCUGUUUCAUUAUCUAUCUGCAAGGACUUAAUUUUUAUGUCA